CUCGUCCUUGUCUUCUAUCUUGGGUUGCUACGAUUUCCCGGUGCCUUGCCGGAGCUCCUUUUCUGGGGUUCCGUCUGCCCGUUACGGACUUGGUGCUUCUCUUCAGUUCCGUGAAGCCGAUUCGAUCCUGCUCUUGAGCCGCCUCCCCGACCCCUCCUCCCGAAAUCUCUCGGGGGAUUCUUGAAUACGAGAAAUGUACGCGAGCACCGGCAGGUCCCGCCACGCGGGGAAGCCUCGGAGGCCGGAAUCUGGAUCCGAUCGAGCUGCCUUCGCAGCGCCCUACGGGCAAGGAUAUGUUCAUCAUAGAAGACGAAGAAAUGCUGCAACAAUCACACAUGAUUCUGCUUAUAAAAGUGACUCAUCAGUUGAAGAAAAUUCUUUUUCCCUUGAGUUUGGACGAAGUUCAUGUAAGAAAACCAGUGGGAAGCGGAUACAAUCACUAGUAGAUGAAGAAGUGUCAAAAGAAAUAGAAACUAGGCAUCCCUCUCCAAGUGUAAUUGCAAGACUGAUGGGUCUUGAGACACUUCCUCCACCUCAAAUAGCCUGUAAACGACAGAAGGAUGCCGAUGCUUGUUCUCAGGCAGUCUCAUCUACAGGAAUUCAGGGAAAAUUUGUACCAUCGAAAGAGAACUUUUGCCUCAAAAACACCAACGAGGAUCAAGAAUUUAAGGAUAUUUUUGAAGUCAUGGACACAGCAAAAUUUAAAAAAUGUGAGAACCAAUCAACUAGGAAGGCAAAGCUAACCUUUAAAGGAAGCAAAACUGACAUGGAUUUCAUAAGACAAAAGUUCAUGGAUGUGAAGCGUCUGUCAACUGAUGAAGCACUUCAAAACUCUAAGGAGUUCGAUGAUGCACUGGAAAUUCUACAUUCCAACAAGGACCUUUUCCUGAAAUUUCUGCAAGAUCCUGACUCUUUGUUUAUGAGACAUCUCCAAGAGGUGAACCAUGGAUCAUUUUCUCCUCAUCCAACCCAGAUUACAGUAUUAAAGUCUUCUAAAGGUGAUAAUUAUGGGAACACUGGAACGUCAGAAUCAAAAAGUAAGGAUGGAAGGUACUCUCAUAUGCGUAAAGAAGUUGGAAGCUCUUUCAGGAAACCUACAACAAGACCCAUCAGUCGCUCUCUAAGUGAAUACGGUUCUGUUCCUCGUAGGCUUUCAACACCACUAUACACGGGCAAAGCUGAAGCUCACAUGCAUCCUACUCGCAUUGUUGUUCUAAAACCAAGUCUUGAGAGGAGCCACAAGGUGGGUGGGCCUCUUUCUUCUUCACCUGAGAACUUACGUAUUGGCUCCAGAAAGCACAGAGAAUCUGCACUCUCUACAAUUCAGGAGUCAUACACGGAAGGAAGAGACAAGCCAAAAUUCUCUGAAAAUGUAGGUCACUUGAGGCACAAGGCAAAGGGUUCCAGAGAAACUGCUAAGGGGACUGCAAGACAGAUUAGGCAUACUAUAGGUAGCCAUUCUAAGAGCCCAAUCACCUCAGAACUGAAAACGUGUGUUCAGAACAAAAGCUCCUGCAUAUCAUCAGAUCUUGCUAAGCUUAACAAUUCUGAAUCAUUUUGCCAGUUUCCCGACCAUUUUGAUGCGUGGAUUAACGAAUUCUGCCCUUCAUGUUCAUAUUCGACUGAGUCAUCUUUUAGCAGAGAGGCCAGAAAACACAUGUCUGAGAGAUUGAAGAUAACCCAACAGUUUGAGGUUGUUGGGCUGGCAGCCAGAGACAUGAGCACACUUGCUGAAAUGAUUGACUUUUCUUGUAGAGAGACACCAGAUACAAUUGGAGUAUCAUUAGGUACCAAGAAUGUUUUGGAUGAUAAGUUUGCUGGAGAUGAGAUACUUGGAGGCUUGGACUGUCGUUCAACUAUUAGCGACAAGGAUGGAUUGAGAAAUGGGAACUCUAAAAAAUUGCGGAAGUCAAAAUCUCUUCCUGCUGCUUCUACAGCUCACAGAAGUCCAAAAGUAGGCCACAGAAAACAAGAUGGCAAUGGUACCUGUUAUAUACUCAAGGAUGUAAUAAAAAUGGACCCUGAUGAAUUUUCAGAUGCUAGCUUCAGUAAGAAUCAGAAGUCAUUCGUCAGAGGAUCUGUGCUCCAUGCCAACAAACCUCGCCAGCCACAUCCUGUUGGAGAGGAAAAUAAGCUGCCAGAGCUGGAGAUUCGUGUUCCUUCAGAAGAAUUGCGGAAGAGCAUUUAUGUGAGGGAUCUUCCAGAAGAAAAACUUUUACAUCCUGAACACCAUGAUGAACAUGCCACAGACAGAAAGCACUUAAUAGACACUCCCUUAGUUCCCAUUUGUGUAGAUGAGCCAAGUCCUUUGACUCCAAACGAGCAAUCAAAGCGAUCUGUCAUGCGAUUGACACCAGAGAAUAAAGAAUUAUCUAGCCACAGUCAUAAUGACAUCAUGAACGAGGAAGAUUCAACUCGCCAUCCUCAAGUAGACCCCCUGCAAUCUCAAUCAGAGACAUUUGAAGCAGGCCUUACUCUAAGCUCCAAGGAGUCUGAACAGCCAAGUCCAGUAUCUGUCUUAGAGCCUCCAUCCCAAGAACAAAGUUCAUGUUCAGGAUGCUUCGAGAGAAUAAGUGCUGAUCUUCAAGAGCUCAGAAUGCAACUCAGUCUUCUAAAGGUAGAGUCAGCAGAAAGGUAUGAAGAGGAAUCAGGCAUCAUUUUAUCGAGUGAUGAAAUUACUGCAGGAGAUUGUCAAACAUAUCUACGAACAAGGGAAAUACAUCAAACCUUCAUGGAUGAAGAUGAUAGAGAUUUCUCUUACUUGCUUGACAUCCUCAGCGACUCAGUUAUUCAUGGUGCUAACCAAGAGAGAGUAUCUGAUGUCUUCUACUCGCUUGAUUAUCCAGUGGAUCCACAUGUCUUUGACAAACUUGAAACGAAGUACAGCAUGGUAUCAUCAUGGUCAGGAUCAGAAAGGAAGCUAUUGUUCGAUCUUGUUAAUUGCAGUUUAGUGGGCAUCAUUGCCCCACACAUUGAUCUGCACCCAUGGGUGAGAUCAAAGAAGUCUAUGCACACAUGGGAACCCGAGGGCCUUGUUGAAAGGCUGUGGGAAAUGGUUGUUAAGCAAAGGAAGGAGCUAGGUUGCAAUCUUGAGGACAAGAUUUUGGAUCCAAGGUGGUUAGAUGUUGAAGAUGAUAUGGACGUGAUUGUGAAAGAGAUAGAGAAGAUGCUAAAUAAUGACCUGUGGGAGGAAACUGUCGCUGAGUUUAUCAUCGGAUAGGUUGUUCCAGAUCUCUUACUAGCUGUAGAUAUGUCAAUUGCAAUGUAAUAGUUAAUCCGAUAAUUAGUAUAGUAGUAUACUCAUGGUUAAGGAAUCACGUCGUUGAAUGGCUGUCUGCCAUUGCACAAAAUAUUAUUGUUCGGCCCUU